CUAUCACUGAUUGUCUUAUUUUUGAAUUUGGAAGAGUUUAAAAUGUAUCAUAUUGUUUACUUUUUUCUAAUUAAUAUUAUAGUUGUUAAUUGUUCUAUUCGUCCGUUAGUAACUACUCGUUAUGGUCCAAUCGAAGGUACCACCGGAUCUUACAUUAUUAACGAUCAAAAUUUCGGUUAUCAAGCUUUCUUAGGUAUCCCGUUUGCCGAACCUCCAAUCGGUGAUAAGCGAUUCUCGAUCCCAGUGCCAUUCACUGGUUCGUGGACGGAACCUUAUCAGGCCACUUAUUUUCGCGAUGGUUGUAUGCAGAACGCUGGAAAAGUUAAUUUCAAUAUAAGUGAAGAUUGUUUAUAUUUGAAUGUUUGGCGACCAGAAUUUGAUCUGGCCAAUUCAUCGAGUCCUUUGUUGCCCGUUUAUUAUCAUGUACAUGGAUCAGCGUUCAUCAAAAAUUCAGGUGCUACUCCUGAUUAUCAAGGUGAUGUUUUAGCGGCGACACAGAAAAUUAUCACUGUCAAUUCAAACUAUCGUCUUGGUGUUUUUGGAUUUAGCUAUGGAUCACCUGAGGGUAUUCCAGGUAAUGUGGCUAUUUAUGAUAUACUAGCGACACUUAGAUGGAUUCAGGAUAAUAUUCAAUCAUUUGGUGGUGAUCCGAAGCGGGUGACAUUAUCUGGCCUAAGUUCGGGCGGUAAAAUAGCUACGAUAUUAGCAACUUCACCGAGUGAGUUCAAUGCUAGAUCAUUGUUUUCUCGAGCAAUCAUGAUGAGUGGAUCAUCAACUGAUCGUCACCAAAUUGAAUCAUCGGAGAUCGGAGCAGCUAAAAUGAGUUUAUUAGCAUCCAAAGUUAAUUGUUCAAGUCAAUGUGAUCAAUCGACUAAGUUCAAUUCAAGGUUAUCCGUUGAAACAAUUAACUGCUUAAAGAAACAACCUGCUGAUGUUUUAUUGAGAGCACAAAAUUCAAAGGAAAUCAAUGCAAUCGGAGCAGCAGCCGAAUACGUUUUUCUACCUGUUUAUGGUACGCAAUUAAUUCGAAAAGCGAUGGUUAAUCACAUAAAGAAUCUCAAUAGUGUCACUAAUUUACCGAUGCUUUUUGGCUUCGAAAAAGAUGAAUCGAAACCAUUUCCCUCACUCGAACCAGUUGUAACUCUUGAAAGUGCUUUCAAUUAUACCAAAGAAGAAGUGACUUAUGCUUUGAAAAAUAUAACCAAACAUCAAAUCGAUUCCAUAUUCAAGUUUUACUUUUCUGGUGCCGAUCCAAAUAACAUUUACGAUCUAAAAUCGCGUUCUGUUAGAUUAACUUCCGAUGUAAACUUUAAUUGUCCUUCGUUAAUUUUAUCUCAACUUUACUCACUUGUAAAUGAUAAUAUUUUUCUCUACGAAAAUGUUUACAUUGGUCAGAAUUUAUCUCGUCCAUUUGGUACUCAGCACAGUGAUGACCAGAAAUUUGGACAAGGAGCUCCUUACCGAGAGCCCGAUUCUUUUACUUCAACCGACCGUCAAUUCAGCUCAUUACUCAUGAAAGUCUAUGGGGACUUCGUUAAAGGUAUUGUCUUGACCGAUUGGAUUCCAGUUCAUCUAAACAGAUCGGACCCAAGCAAAGAUCAAACAGUCAGACAGCUAUCGCUCGAACCACAAAAUGUACUUUACAAGCACCAAAAAGCGUGUAUCGAAUGGGCCAAACUUUUCGAUUAUCAAUUUCCACUCGAAAACUAAUCAAAAUCAUUCUUCAAUCAUGAUUCAAUUCAAAUCGCAUCAAAUAGUUAGGCAACAUAUCCAAUAGAUCAAUUUAUCCUCAGAGUUUUUAUUCAGAUAGUUAUAGCAAAAUAUCAAUCAGAGUUUUGGUGUUUUAUCCAUUUAAUUUAUCAUUUGAUUUGAUUAGUUUUCAUUUGGGACAAUUUGAUUGAUCAACUAAUUCCAUUACUUUUUUCUCGACUCCAGAUUUGCUUUCCAAAUCAUUUAAUAGCCGAUCCACUGUAUCUUUAGGUAAACUUGACGAUCGUGAAAGUAUCCAUGCUGAUUCUGUUUGUAAAAUUAAUUAAUUGAAUUCAAACAGAAAAAAGUUUGGCCUAAGCCUUGUAAGAAGAUUUCUUUUUGAAAACUGCAUUUCCACCUUUCUCUGAGGCUAAUUGAAACUUUUUAUACUAAAUUCAAAACCAGAAAUUCUAUCAGUUGUUACACUUUAUUUUUGAGUGGACGAUAUGACUCGAAAUUCAAGUUAGUUUUGUAUUUAAGUCGACUCAAUGUCGACUAACUUGAGUCAACCAAGUUUAUUGAUUUUCGGCUUCGAAUCGAGUCGCUUCGCUGAUCGACUGGCUGACUCGAUCGACUAGCUUCGUUAUCUAUAACAGGUUACCUAUGACAGGGCAAAUUUGCAGAAGGACAUUUGAAUUUCAAACUACCCGAUUUUUUGGUCAAGAAAAAUUCUCUCAGAGAGAAUCUGUAUCCUUUAUCAUGUGAAUCACUGUUUGGAUUGUUUCAUGCAACUUUCAACAAUGAAUAUCAUUGAUUUACCUGACGACGAACGAUUUGUAAAUUGUAACACAAUCUUGUUGACGUGAUUCUCUGAUUGCAGUUUCCAGGGAGCACUUUAAUCGUUUGAAUAGUUUAUCCAUUAGGACCAGAAAUCGUUGACGAUUACAUGGCUCUUGAAUGGUCAGUCCCAUG